GUGUGUGUGUGUGUGUGUGAGUGAGAGAGGGAGAGGGAAAGCGGAGCAGGAACGUGGGGGAGGUCGGGUCGAGUCGGGCAUCCAUUCGGGGCGUGUGUCAGCUCAGGAUUGAAUGGAGACGGAAAUAUGUGAGUGAAGAAGAAAAAAAAAGAAAAACACGGACGCGAAGUAGAGUCCGCAGGCCAGAGAACAUUUCACAUUCACUGAUCCGAAGCGAUUCAGCAAGAGGAGGAUUUCACUCGCCUGCAAACUUUGUCGUCACAGGUCCGUCCUCUCCUCUCCGUCAGCCUCCAAGAUAGAUUCUCUCAGGAGUAAAGUGGAACUGCUGAAGCUGCCGCUGACCCUGUCGUCCAAAUCCAUCUCGGAGCGCAAGACUCGGCUGGGCGGAGCCACAGAGCGCUCCAGGGGCGGAGCUGGGGCCCACAAACCCCGCCCACCGGCCCCAGACAUGGACAACGAGUCGCAGUACUCGGGCUACUCCUACAAGUCUUCACAUUCACGCAGCUCUCGCAAACACAGGGAGCGGAGAGACAGGCAUCGCUCGAAGAGCAGAGACAGCAGCAGCAGAGGAGACAAGUCUGUGACCAUCCAGGCCCCUGGAGAGCCACUGCUGGACGCCGAGAGCACACGCGGGGAUGACCGGGAUGAUAACUGGGGCGAGACCACCACGGUUGUGACCGGGACGUCCGAGCACAGCGUGUCUAACGAGGACCUGACGCGGGCGUCUAAGGAGCUGGAGGACUCGUCGCCGCUGGAGUGCCGUCGCUACGCGGGGCCCGUCCUGAGCGGCGUUCUGGGUCUGUUCGCGCUCCUGACGCCGCUGGCCUUCCUGCUGCUGCCCCAGCUGCUGUGGCGCGACUCCCUGGAGCCCUGCGGGACCCCGUGUGAGGGCCUCUACGUCUCGCUGGCCUUCAAGCUGCUGGUGCUGCUCAUCUCGUCCUGGGCUCUGUUCCUGCGGCCGCCCCGCGCCUCGCUGCCACGCUUCUUCGUCUUCCGCUGCCUCCUGAUGGCGCUGGUCUUCCUCUUCGUGGCCUCGUACUGGCUCUUCUACGGCGUGCGGGUGCUGGAGCCGCGAGAGCGAGACUACAGGGGCAUCGUGGGAUACGCCGUCUCUCUGGUGGACGCGCUGCUGUUCAUCCAGUAUCUGGCGAUCGUGCUGCUGGAGGUCAGGCACCUCAGACCAGCCUUCUGCCUCAAAGUGGUUCGCACCACCGAUGGGGCCAGCCGCUUCUACAGCGUGGGCCACCUCAGCAUCCAGCGAGCAGCGGUGUGGGUUCUGGAUCACUACUACACUGAUUUCCCAGUCUACAACCCUGCUUUACUCAACCUGCCCAAGUCCAUCCUGUCUAAGAAGAAGUCUGGAUUUAAGGUGUACUCCCUGGGAGAAGAUAACAGCACCAAUAACUCGACGGGUCAGUCUCGCGCGAUGAUCGCCGCCGCCGCACACAGACGGGACAACUCUCAUAACGAAUACUACUACGAGGAGGCCGAGAUGGACCGCAGGGUCAGAAAACGCAAGGCCAGACUGGUGGUGGCAGUAGAGGAGGCGUUCACUCACAUCAAGAGGCUCCAGGACGACGAGGCGGCGACGUCGCCCAAGCACCCGCGUGAGGUGAUGGACCCUCGAGAGGCAGCCCAGGCCAUCUUCGCCCCCAUGGCACGAGCCAUGCAGAAGUACCUGCGCACGACGCGCCAGCAGCCCUACCACAGCAUGGAGAGCAUCAUAACUCAUCUGCAGUUCUGCAUCACUCACAACAUGACGCCCAAGGCGUUUCUGGAGCGCUACCUGGCCCCGGGCCCCACCAUGCAGUACCAGCGAGAGAACGGCAGGGGCCGCCAGUGGACUCUGGUGAGCGAGGAGCCUGUGACCUCAGCGCUGCGGCAGGGGCUCGUGUUCUCCCUCCGCCGCCUCGAUUUCGCUCUGGUCGUCACGGUGACGCCCCUCCCCUUCUUCAACCUGGGGGAGGAGUUUAUCGACCCCAAGAGCCACAAGUUCGUGAUGCGGCUCCAGUCAGAGACCUCCGUGUGAGAGAACCACAAGAGACUCCGUCUCAAGGACACAACCACUUGUUUUUUGUCUUUUAGAUAUCACCGUUUGUAUGUUUUUGUUACACUACAUGAACUACUUUGAUCUGGAGACUGUCUGGAUGACUCUGGACUGACUAACUCAGCUGUGAAUAACGAUCAAAUACACUUUCACACAUCAGUGCUGCACAAUACGGACGGUUUACCAGCAAUGCCAGGUGUCAUGAUAACACCACACUCACAUUUAUGCUUCAAAACCCGUGAAACAAUCACUCGGGAGUGAUGGAAACACUACAAGAUUGUAGCUGAGCGCUCAAGUGCUUUACUUUUUAUGACCGUCGGUCCAGAAAAGCACACGUUUGUAACUCGAGCUCUGUAUCUGUCGUGAAUGUUUUUAAGACGUCGUAUGCAUUGCCUUUGCAGUACUUUAUUCGAAUGAAUCGAGGGGCCUUUUAUCAUACCAUCCGUUUACAUUGUGUUGAAACGCAUUCUGUACGCCAGCAAACUCACGGUUUUUGUGUGGGUUUUUUUUUUUGUGUAGUGUUUGGUUUGUGCGUGACCAAUCAAAUGUGACCUUUACACAAAAUGCAAAAACAUGAAUGUGUGCCAAAUGUUGUAACUGUGCCUCACACACACAGCUGGACGGAUCUCAGUCGGAUUUCUGGCCCGUUUAAGGACAAUGAAUUAACUAGUCCUUCCCAUUUCCCUAACUAGUCUACCAGCUUUGGGUCAUUGCCCCCCCCCUUCAUUUCUUGUACAUAACUCAUUCUCCUUUAU